AAACUCCUGUCUCUCCACUAUUGGAUAACAUUGUUAAGAACAACACAAGUGCUUACUGGAUAGUUUUUGAAUCAGUGAAUGAAUGGGUACCCCUCUGGGACUAUCAGUUACACUGUUACUUGAAGGCAAAGAGAUGGACUAGAUAUCUUCAGCUCUCUUUCCUUCCUAGGGUUCUGUGGUUUCUUUGACUACUAAAAAUUGGUUAGGUUGCAAAUCUAUUCUGUAGUCUUAAAAACAAAAUACCUUCACAUAAAAGGCAGGGAGAAAAUAUUCCUCAACAUGUCCAGGAAAAUCUAAUAAAUACCUUCAGUAAUAUGGAUAAGCUAUGCAAAUUCAUUAAAAAGGUGUAUACCAGUGGCACUAACUUGUGGCUGGAAGAACUUGAGUUGUGUCAAAGUUUAUUCUAUCCAACAUUAGCUGUCUUGGUGUCCAUUGUGCAUAUAUGAAGGCAGGCAGCUGCCUUUCUGAGGUAUACUCUCUUGCACGGAUCAAGAAAAACUGCUGAAGUCAUGAGGCUGCUCCAGACAGAGCCCUCAUGUGAGUCAUAUGAAAGCUCCCGCACUGCUGACCUCUGGCAAAAAAGGGAGUGAACAAGGACAGGAGCAGCAGAGGGAGAGAGGUUCAAGUGCCGGUGUUCUCCUUGAACCUAGAAGAUUAUGGGUCAAGAGCUGUGUGCAAAGGCUCUGCAGCCUGGAUGCAGCUGCCAUCGCUGUUGGGAGGGAGGCAACGCACACAGCUGUCAGAGGAGUGCGCCUGUGAUGACGGAGGCUGCGAUCGAGCUAACAGACCUAAAAGAAGCAUCAUGUUCCAUGACUUCAUUUCACCCCAGGGGACUUCAGGCUGUGCAUGCCCGGAAGUUCAAGAGUAAAAGGCCACGGAGUAGCAGCGAUUCUUUUCAGGAAGAGGAUCUGAGGCAAGGUUUUCAGUGGAGGAAGAGCCUCCCCUUUGGGGCAGCUUCAUCUUACUUGAACUUGGAGAAGCUGGGUGAAGGUUCUUAUGCUACAGUUUACAAAGGGAUUAGCAGGAUAAAUGGACAACUAGUGGCUUUAAAAGUCAUCAGUAUGAAUGCAGAGGAAGGAGUCCCAUUUACAGCCAUCCGGGAAGCUUCACUCCUGAAGGGUUUGAAACAUGCCAACAUUGUGCUGCUGCAUGACAUAAUACACACCAAAGAGACACUGACAUUCGUAUUUGAAUAUGUGCACACAGACCUGGCUCAGUAUAUGUCUCAGCACCCAGGAGGGCUUCAUCCUCAUAAUGUCAGGCUUUUCAUGUUCCAACUUUUGCGGGGCCUGGCAUACAUCCACCACCAACACGUUCUUCACAGGGACCUGAAACCUCAGAACUUACUCAUCAGUCACCUGGGAGAGCUCAAACUGGCUGAUUUUGGUCUUGCUCGAGCCAAGUCCAUUCCCAGCCAGACAUAUUCUUCAGAAGUUGUGACUCUCUGGUACCGCCCUCCUGAUGCCUUGCUGGGAGCCACUGAGUAUUCCUCUGAACUGGACAUAUGGGGUGCAGGCUGCAUCUUUAUUGAAAUGUUCCAGGGUCAACCAUUGUUUCCUGGGGUUUCCAACAUCCUUGAACAGCUGGAGAAGAUCUGGGAGGUGCUGGGAGUCCCUACAGAGGAUACCUGGCCUGGAGUUUCCAAGCUACCUAACUACAACCCAGAAUGGUUCCCGCUGCCUAAGCCUCUGAGCCUUCAGAAUGUCUUCAACAGGCUGGGCAGGGCUCCCGAAGCGGAAGAUCUGGCCUCCCAAAUGCUGAAGGGCUUUCCGAGAGACCGUGUCUCAGCCCAGGAAGCGCUGGUUCACAAUUAUUUCAGUGUCCUGCCGGCUCAGCUGCACCAGCUUCCAGAUGAGGAAUCAUUGUUUACAGUUUCAGGAGUGAGGCUGAAGCCAGAAAUGUGUGACCUUUUGGCUUCCUACGGGAAAGGUCACCACCCAGCCGGGUUUAGCAAAUGCUGGUAAAAAGAAAGGGUGAGAUUACCAAGAUCUUCCAGGGCUAUUUUACUGUUGCUUCAGUUUUAAUUUGCUUCAGCUUACUAAGAAGCUACAAAUCUAACUCCACACUGGACCAAGGGUUUUAUACCAUCACCUGUGAUGUGGAACAUUUUAAAUACAAUGUCCAAGGCAACAGCGCAUAAUACUUGAAGAAAAAGCAGUGAACAGUUAUCGCUAUUGUCAUUUGCCUAGAAUUUAACAGAGAUUGGCUCAAAAAUGAGACAUAGACAGAAAUCAUCUGAGAAGAGAACUUCUGGAUAAUUUCAUCCAUUUCAUUAUUUGAUAGAGAGAUCCCUGGGCCAGAAGGAGAACAGGACAGAUGGGGACAACAAUUGAAAGACUUUGGAGACAGAGCUCAGGCUUAACAGAGGCCUGUCACUCCUGUGUUCACUUACGAUUUUCCCCAACAAAAGGACUUCUGUGGCCAAGGAGAGGAUUAGGCUAAAGUUUAAAAAAGCCUCCAGGGAAGGUGGUUUCUUGGAUAAAGUUGUCAACAAAAUUACUUGCUGAAGACUCUUUGUUAUGAUUUCCUAGGGGGCGCCUCUUCCUUUGCUAACUGGAUUAUCAAAACACAUGACCACUCCAUCCCAGCCAGACUUCAGUAGGAGUUUGGAUUGAGAUGCUGGUUAGAAUUAAAUUUCAGGCUGUCCUCUUCUGCUGAACUCUAUUGUUUGUGAUGAUAGCAAGAGUGAUGAGGAAUCUCAGCUCUGAUUUGAUGGCAGAGAUACGGAAUAAAGGCCAAGAGUUCCAAAGUAGUAAUUCAAGCCCUACUGCACCAUCAGACACACAUGCAUGUGUGCACACACAUAAGCCUCAAAUAAAGUGAGAGAUCUGUCUCAGCUAACACGUGUUUCAUUUUCUACAAUAGGUCCUUGGUCCUUCUGAAAGAAGCUAGGAAACUCAAAUUACUUCAUCUGAGGAUCAUCUACCCAGGAAAUGUAGUAGCCUAGAAACCAAAGACCUCUAUAUGGCCUUCAGAAGAACAAGGAAGAACUAAUUAAGAGAGAAUUUAAAAAUAGUACCUAUGCACUCGAAGUCUGAGAUGAAACUACAUACAGAUAGUCCAGAGAAAUCUUCCUUACUGAGUAUUCAAUUUUAGUAAGGCAUUUGGCAAAGCCUGUUCAGAUAUACCUGAAAGAGGGAACUGUGUGGGCUGGAUGAUGGGAUGUGUGUGCUCAAAGAACAGUGGCCUUGCUGGAGAAAGGCUGGCAGUGGUGUGGUAUGAGGUUCAGCCCUGAGUUCUAUUCUAGUCAAAUGUUUUUAUUAAUCACUUGAAUAAAAUCAGAGAAGGCAUGCAAUUUAUUCAUACAACUCAUUAAAGUAAGUACUGUUGCCAUUCAUUUAUUACUUCCAUUUUACAGAAGAAGGAAACUGAGGCUCAGAGAAGUUAACUAACUCCUCCAUAGUAGCACACCAGAGUUAAGGUACAGAUCUUAGGCCUGGCUCUCUCCAAGGUCUAUGAUCCUUCCAGUCAUCAUAUACCUAUCAAAUCUGUAGAACACACAACUCUCGAAGAAGCAGCUGAUGUUUAGCAUUGGAUCAUGAUUCAAAAGACUGAGAUAUUGCCAAAAGCUGAUGUGUACACUACACAUUCGUUCCGGAUUUAGAAUGAUCAAAUUCCAGAACACUGACAGCACCAAUGCUGCCAGGGAUGUGGAGCAACAGGAACUCUAAUUAUUGGUGGGAAUGCAAAAUGCUAGAGGCCACUUUAGAAGGCUGUUUGGCAGUUUCUUACAAAACUAACCACACUCUAAGAUCCAGCAAUCAUGCUCCUUGCUAUUUACCCAAAGCAGUUGAAAAAUUAUGUGCACAAAAAACCUGCACACAGAUGUUUAUAGCAGCUUUAUUCCUAAUCACCAAACCUUCGAAACAACCAAGAUGUUGUUCGGGUUGAGGAUCAUCUACUCAGGAAAUGUAGUAGCCUAGAAACCAAAGACCUCUAUAUGGCCUUUAGAAGGCCAUAUGCCGUUCAGUCACAACAUAUGAAUAAACAGACUGUGGUACAUUCAGAAAAUAGAAUAUUAUUCAACAGGAAAAAGAAAUGGAGCUGUCAAGUCAUGAAAAGACAUGGAAGAAGCUUAAAUGAAUAUUACUAAGUGAAAGAAGCCAAUCUGAAAAGGCUACAUCGUACAUGAUUACAACUGACAAUCUGAAAAAGGCAAAACUAUAGAGACAGGAAAAAGAUUGGUGGUUGCCAGGGGUUAGGAGGAAGGGAGUGAUGAAUAGGCAGAGCACAGAGGAUUUUUAGGACCGGGUAACUACAUAUGACACCAUAAUGGUGGAUACAUGUCAUUCGUUAUAAAUUUGUCCAAACCCAUAGACUAUCACCAAGACUGAAUGCUAAUGUGAAACGGACUUUAGAUGACAAUGAUGAGUCUGUGUAGGUUCAUACAGUGUGACAUAUGUAGCCUUCUGUGGGGGAUGUUGAUAAUGGGGGAGGCUGUGCAUGUGUGGGGGCAGAGUGUAUACAGGAAAUCUGUAACUUCUGUUGCAUAUUCCUCCAAGCCUAAAGUUGCUCUGAAAAAUAAAUACUAAAAAAAAAAUUUUUUAACAGAAAAUAUAAAAACCUAAUGAACAGCAAGCCAAUACAUUUCUACCAAAUUUCAUGGUUUAAUUUCUUAAACUUUAGGUUUAAAAUGUCAACAAGUUAAAUAAAGUUGUGACU